AUGAAUGUGACAAAUAUAGCCACUAUUGAGGGCAAAUAUCAGGGCGAGUUUAUUGAGCUAGACCAAAUUGGCACCGGUAGUUUUGAUAUAAGUCAUGAGAAUUACGAGUCGAUUAUUAAAGAGUGUCAGCUAUUGUCUAAAGUCAACAGCGAUUUUGUGGUUGAGCUCAGAGACGCCUGGAUUGAGGGCCAGGAAGUGUACAUUCAGACAGAGUUUUGUGACAAUAAUCUGCGGGAUAUUAUUGAUGCCAAACAACAGUUAUUCGGUGGCAGUGCCUCCAGAAACUCGGUUGGGGGCCACGAGUUGGCACUAAUUGACUAUUUUAUUUCAAUCGAGAUAUUUGAAGAAUUAGUGAAAAGCCUAAACUAUUUGCACACUUUGGACACACCUAUUAUUCAUAGAGAUCUAAAACCAGAGAAUAUAUUACUUAAGGAUUCAGUGGACGAUAAUAAUAAGCAGUUCCUGAAAAUAUGUGACUUCGGGUACGCAAAGACUCAUAACUAUAGUGGACAGUCACAUACUAAGGACAAGGGCUCUAUUUCCUAUAUGGCACCCGAAGUAUUCCUUAGCAAACAUUAUGACCCGAAGUCCGAUAUCUAUAGUUUAGGACUCAUUUUUGCGGAAAUCUUUGAUGUGAACGCCUAUAACUUCGAGGAAUCAAUAAAAAACAAAUUAUUGCGAGAAAAAUAUGAACUCCUGGAGGGACCGCUUCUGGAGAUGCUAACAGAGCCACAAUACGAUUUGAGACCUACCUGUGCUAAACUGUUGUCCGUAAUAAAUGAAGAGGGAGAUAUCAUUGAGAUUAAGGAUAAAGUAAAGGAUGAGGUCAAUAUUUGGGCCCUUUAUGUGGGCGAGGGUUAUGUCAUGUAUUACUGUCCUAAAAGUCAGGAAUUAUUGAGAGACAAACUUGAGACAGUGUCUAAGGAUAAGGACUAUUGUGUUAAUAAUUUAAUACAAUUUUCGCAAUCAAAACAACUGUCCGUUCAAAGCGUCGAUACUAUACUGGCGACGGCUUCACGAGUGUUCAAUAGGAAUGAAACGUUUGAACCAAAGGUUAAGACCAAACAUAACCUGAGAAUACAUUUCGUUACGAAAUGCCGGUUCGGACGACAGUUUUGUGAGCGGUUAGAGUGUAAGGAACAGGUGGCCGGACAUGAAGUGAAUAUAUUUUAA